GUGCAGUGCGGUGCUGUGUCGAGGUGGGUUAGUGUGGUGUAAUUUUUCAGCGGUUAUCGAUUCCCUGAAAAAUGACGGCGAAUUUCGCUUUCGCGAGAUAAUUCCGCUUGAAGCUUUACACGUAAUAAUUAUUUAUUUUCUCGAUAUUAUCGCCUAAUGCCGGUAAUUUGUUUUAAUGUCCCUAAUAAAUCAACUGUAAUUAAUAAUCGAACUGUGGAAUUUUGCGCGGUAGGCGACAUUUUUACGUCAAGACGAGGAAAUUGUAUUAUACAAUCACAUUAAGGGGUACUUUUUCUUGAAUUAAUUAGUGUCAGCUCUGACAGGCCUCUCUCUAAUGGACGCGCUUAAGACCGCUUUUUCCACUCGACGCUUCGUAUUUUAUUUGGUUUUCAUAAUGCACUCCGGUCAAUAUUUGAACACAUUUUAUUUUCAACGCUCGGGACCUAACUUUACGGAUUAAAUACACAGCGUACCUAACAAUGUAAAUAAGUGCACUUUGAUAACGAUGCUCUCGUUUCUUGGAAUUCUAUCUAAACUACAACUAGAAUCCUUAUCAUCACAAAACGAAAACAAAAUCGAUUGUUAUUAUUUACAUAGUUCAUGUGAUUGACUUUCUUACCUUAUCCUGUCCUAUCAGAUUUAUCUACAAUAUUUAAAUUAUUAAAAGCUUCCUGCUGCUUAAUGUAAGAUUUUAUCACAGAUAUUGUGCUACCUUAACACUUUUAAUACAUCGACCGUAAAAGCGUUGAUAUGCUGUUAACUUGACUCAACAUGAGACGUUUUAAUGAAGACAUUACAUAACCAGAAUUAAGCUCCUCCUCAAAAUUAAACUUAUUUCGUACAUUCAAUUCCUUGCGCAUAAAAAUGAUAUGCUAAUUGUUAACAAUUGGCCUUAACCAUAAAUAACAAUAAAACAAUUUUAAACUCUUUUGAAAACAGUUUAGUCCACACUCUACAACAAAAAUUAAUGUUCAUGUAAAGACACAAAAUACACAAAUUUUAUCAUUUUCUUGAAAAAGGGGUAUUUUUGCAGAGCAUAGAAAUUAUAUUUUAUUCUCUCACAAGAAUAGCUUCCUUUUGUAUCUUUAUCAAAGUCUGAGUCACUUUUCGUCCGCGAGACGUACCGGAGAGCCUCCCUUUCUAAUCCUGCGAUAAAAAUGUCAAUAUUAUGAUAAAUUGUCCAACGAGCACAUCCAUCAAAUUCCUUUUUCUGUAUCGCUGUCUCUAAUUAAAAUUUGAAUUCGACGAUGGUUUCGAUUAAAACAAGCCAUUUCUCGUUGUCGUCCUGCAAUCGACAUUCUUUUUCCCAAAGCCAUCCUGCUUUUUAAUUGAAUUCAUUGCGUUGGUUUUUUGAAGCCGGUUAUUAUUCGAUUUGGUCGGUGGAUGUGCAAAUAUUUGUUCGUCCUGAAUCGUAUAGUUUUUUUACCAAUCUUCCGUUACGAAACAUAGCUCGAAACUUUAUAGAGACAACUGUAAAUACAGAUCGGAAAAAGUUUAAUUAAAUUGCAAUGCGUUUUUUUGUAAUUAGAAUUGUUCGAGUUAAUUGACAAGCUGUGGCGCGUUUUGGAAAAAAAGCGACAGAUUUGUGAUUCAGAUGAAAAUGUAGGCAGUGGUGAGGUCAGGAUUUCCCCGAAAAUUAAAUAGUACGGGAAAAUCUAGCGUGAUGCAGAAGGAAUUUGAGGUGUGGCCGAACGAAAUAAAUUUUUGAUGAGCUUUGAAAGAAAGUAAAGAUUAGACUUACAAAUAUUUAUUUAUCAAUCAAACUUUUCCUUUCCUUAUAGCCGAGUUUGUAGCUGAUAAAAAUAGAAAAAUCGGAUAGCAACUUGUAAUAAAAAUUUUGUCAGAGGGCAAAAUUAUUAAUUAAUAAUUUUAAAGAAAGCAGUUCAACUAAUAAAUUACAAUUUGUUCAUACCGUAUAAUUAUAUUCUAGCUUUGGAAUAUUUUUUUAUUAUUUCAAUUAAUUAAUGGCAAUCAACGAAACUAUAAUUUACCUGAAUACAAUUUAGAGUUUCUUGGAAAUUAUAAUUUUUGGAUAAUUAAUUAUUAUUGUGUGUGUAAAGAAUUGUUAAUUGGUAUUAAUUGUUUGUUUUAGAGGGGGGAAUAAUUGAAUGAACUGCAGAUGUUUUGCUUGUAAAAUAACUUUUUUGAACGUAUUUUUAGUACUACUUUUUGACAAAGAAAAUAUCUGAUUUUAUUUAUGAUUUGGUAUCACAGUUCUGCCAAAAAUAUUUUAAUUAGAAGCUUCUAUAAUGUAAUUAGCUAACUCAAAUGAGCACAAACGAGUUUCUUAAUUAAUCCUAAUUUAAUUAAAAUUAAGCAUCCGUGACUUCUCUCGGGUGUAAACUGUGAGUUGCUUAUCUUUAUUUUUUUAUUCUUUUAUUUCUGUUUGUAAUAAAAAGAAUAAUAAAAUGUCAUAUCGCAUCUGUUGUUCUUUCACAAUACCCCCAAACGCCCAUAAUACUCCACUUCUAUUCACAGCACACAAAGCCCCUUUUGUAUCUCAAUUUCCAUAAUUCCCUAAAAUUUAAACACUCUCAACACAUUCACACGUGUAGUGUCGCGACCCGGAAUAAAUUCGCGCAGUCUAGCGGCGCCGUAAAGCCCCUAUCACCGCCAAUUACCACCUCAAUCUUCAAUCAUCGUCUCUAAAUAUGCAAAGCAUCGUUAUCAAAGAUUUGUGGGCAUGCGAACUCGUCGCCUUCAAGAAAAAGCAAACAGGUGGGCGAAUUCCUUCGUUUUGUUGGUUGCAAUUCACGUGGGAUUCGGGAUACCACUCAUAUCUCAGCACAAGCAACAUUUGCAGCAGUCGUUCGUCGCACAUAUGAUCGGACAAUUCGCGAUUAGACGCCGCUUUCGCGAGUUUCACGCUUUGUUUUUCCGCAAAACGGACUAGAAACACGGAAAAAGCUCCGGGAGCUUUUUGCCCGAAUCCGGGGAGUUCGGGAUAGGUGGUCUUCGUGUUUGAGUCAUUGGCUGCUUAACUACAUCACAAGUUUCAGGGACAUCGAGGUUUCUGAUUUACACGGUUCGCGAUUUUAAUUUAAUUGCAACGGUGAGAGUUUGUCACUUAUUCAAUCGCUCAGAGUGCAAGUGACAAUGCAAUAGUUCGAAAUGGCAACGAUCUGUUUCCGACCUCCACCUUUACCCCCGAACAAGAAAUCGCAAUUGAACAUCAAUCGUUAUCGGAAACAAAGUUUGCUUUCGUCGACGUAUCUGAGUUUCCGCGAUCCGGCCGAAGACGAGGUCAUACAAGACGAAAUCGAACUCACGAACUUUAAGUGUAAAAAAAAGUGCAAAAAAGUGGCGCAUACGAACUCGCUGAGUCGGGCCAAAGAUGCGAAAUGUGCCAUGGUGAGGAGCCACUCCGAUGGGAACCUCAACAAGGAGAUAGCGCCCAUGACCAUCAAUAGGUACAUCAAGGUUUUGAGUGGCAGCUGGAAGAAUUUGCUCAAUUUAGGCGGCAUGUCCCGGCCCCCGAAGCCGGCAGCUACCGCCAAGAAGGUGGCUCCACCGGCAGUGCCCCACGAGUUCCGGCACUCGGGCAGCUCCUUCGGGUCGGCAGGAUAUGCCUCUUCAGAAGAUGCGGGGUUCCUGGCACCGAAUGAUCCUCCCGGAGUCCCACGAGAUGAUCAUUCGGACUAUGGCAGCACUGUCAGCAGCAGCACGGGCAAGUCCCCCGGGCCCAUCUUUCCGGCGCCCUCGUUUACGUUUCCGGGCCAGCCGCCCCCCGGCGGCGUCCUUACACACAAAGCGGCGGUCUACUACCACCACCAACUCAGCCUACAGGAGGAUCAGGGUAUCGACAUGACACAGUCUCCGGGGAGGGACAGUCCGGGGUCGUCGAGUGGAAGCGCAGGAAGCGGCUCUCGUCACAGCACUGCGUCUUUGGACAGUGGUCGAGCGUCGUACCAUCCCUUGAGCACGGCAGGGAGAAGUACUAUCGGGUCCUCGAAUAGUCCACGAUGUUCCUUAAGUUCUUGUUCGAUAGGCUCGGAACAAGGCCGAAUUGAGAGAAUGAUUCAUCAAGGAGUUCCUGACCAAGAAAUUAUUCAUGCGUGGCUGGUUGAUCUUCAGUACGAUGAAUAUUUUCCGCUGUUUGUUAGUGCCGGCUAUGAUUUGCCGACAAUAGGUCGCAUGACGCCGGAAGAUUUGACGGCCAUAGGAAUUAAGAAACCGAAUCAUCGGAAACGGCUCAAAGCUGAAAUUGCACAACUUAAUCUACCCGACAAUUUGCCAGAAUUUAUUCCGGGUUCCUUAGAAGAGUGGUUGCAGCUGUUGCGUUUGGAGGAGUACCUCCCUGCGUUUCUGGACCAGGGUUAUCAGACUGUCGACGACGUGACGCAGUUGACAUGGGAGGACUUAGAAGAGUUUGGAAUAGUUAAGUUAGGCCAUCAGAAGAAAAUCAUGUUAGCUAUAAAAAGAGUGAAAGAUAUAAAGGCAGGGAAGAGAAUAAAUACAGAUACAAAUAGAAUUUACGCGACACAGGACGUGAUGGUGCACGCACCCUUGGGUCCACCAUCGCCUGGCGUCCCCGCAGUCCACAGCACUUUCCGUUCUUUCCAUCAGCCCUGGGAGAUCGACCAGAGUCGUCAACUGGCCGCCGGCACACACUACGUGCAACCAAUUUAUUGCACUGACAUAGUUCCCAUCAAGAUCCGGACAGGUCGAGGCAAGUCCCUCGAAUCCCUCGAAGACCCCAACGAGCGGACCCACCACACAUUUUCAGCCGAAAACACCCAAACCUUCUACUACCAGCAACCCAUCGGGUGGCGGACGCGGUCUUACGACGACGGCGAUAUCACCCCCACGAAUGAAACGGGGCUUCUUUACGAGGGCGGCGGUACCUUACCGCGGCCGCGCGGGGUUAUCCGACCCCGCCCCAUCGCCAAGAUCGCAGCCAAGGCCCGCGAGAGUUUCCCUGACUUCGAGAAGCCCCAAUUCAACCCAGAGAAAUACUCAAACCCGCAAUACAAGACCCUGCCGAGGGAGUUGAUCGACACCGGCAAGUACCACAUACAGUACAGCCCCAUGAUGGGCAAGAAGAUCCCGCCCAACCCGCCGAAGCGACAAGACAGUGAGGCGAACGAGACAACCACCACCGUGGAGAUACACCACGUGCAGACGUCUAGUCCGUUGCCGCUCCCGGCGUAUCCGAGUUCGGAUAGUUUGAGUAUAUCGCUGGAUAACCAAGGGGACUUGCCGCUGCCGCCGCCCCCGGCGCCGGGGACGCCGCCAGGGAAUGUGCAAUCGAAGAUGAAUUCGUCGCAGUCAUGGGGCGCUGAAGAACAGGAACUUAUCAAAACUUUGGCGCUGCAGCACAGAAACGGGUCCGAUGCAAGUUUUAAAUCGAGUUCAAGCACAGAGUCAGAUUCGCUGCCAUUUGCCAAUGAGAACGCCGGUACGAUCCGAACUCGCGCAGGCGGCAACAGCAGACCCGCCGAUUAUUCCCCCGCAAAGCCUCGUGCUGGUCUACCGCCCCAUCCGUCCCCGACGCCCAACCGGCAACCAAGUGCCAGAAAUCAGAGAUCCGAACCUGCCGAUGUCCUUAACGAUAUAGGAAACAUGCUCGCCAACCUAACCGACGAAUUAGACGCGAUGUUGGAGGAAGAGAAAAGGCAACAGUAACUCGAAGCAUAAGACUGAGCCUAUUUUAUCCUAAUUUUAGUUAUCGAAAGCUUUAACUAUAAAUAUGACCUUCUCUCGGGUUGUGUUUGUCGUUGAUGAGUUUAUUUCAUAGAACUGACUAUUGGGUAGAUUUUCGUUACUAGUUUCUUAAGUUAUUGUGUAAAUAGAAUGCUUUAUUUCCGAUUACAAACAAAGUUUGUAAAUAUUUUUAGAUAGAAUUUUUAUAUUGUAAAGAUGUAAAAUUUAUUAGGUUUUUUCUAUGGUGUCAUUAUAGCUUUCGAAUUUUUCAGCAGCAACUGUUCGCCUAAUUUCUAUCUCAACUCGUAAGAAGGGAAUGAAUGCGUGUUAUGGGUGAUUCCGUUAUUAUUGUAAUUGCCAAAUUUUUAACUUCCUGUUGAGGCAAUACUUUCAAAGCAAUUCGUCAUGAGUUCGAAAGAAUAUUAAUCAAAAAACAUUUCGUUUCGGUUAGUGCAUUUUAUUUAGCAAUGAAUGUAAAUAGAUAGAUCUUGUACUGAAGACAGCAAAUAGGAAAGCAAGUAAUAACUAUCAAAUUAGAAAAUAAUUUUGUACAAAGCCAUCAUUUAGUAUACGGAAAUAGCGAGUUAGUCUAAAUCAGUUUUGGUGUUUUAAUACCUUUACACCAAUUUGCAAUGUUAGUCUCAUUUGUUUCUAACAAAUGGUUAAAAAAGACUGGUAGUUCGAUUACAAAAUUUUCAAUUUCUUGUCAUGUAUCUUGUGCCAUAUCCAAUAUUAGCACACUUUUAAUUGUAAUUAAAUUUAGUUGCCACGUGAAAACUGAUAUUUUUACUGUACAUGACAUGUAAUUGAUCGAAACAAUCUUCUGUGUUCAAUAUAAUUUACGAUUUAUAUGUUUGUAAAAAUGUUAUUUAAUGUGCUACUUAAAAAUAAUUAUUAUUUCGGCUUCUCGUAAUAAUUAUUUGUUAUUUUAUUUCCAUUACAUUGCAUUAUUAAUUAAUCUAGCUGUUAAUUCCAUUGUCCCUUGAAAGAUAUCUUUUUAUUUUAUUGGUUUACUGUUAACAUUUAUAAUUAUAGAUAAAAAAAUAAAGUAAAUCAA